GAGGCGGUUGAGUCAAGUCAGUUGAACAUCGCCUGCACUCGUGUUUGGUACUUUCUCCCAAUUAUGGCUCAAGAAGACCCGGCUAAGGACCUUAAGGACACUUUGCAAGAAAUGUGUUACCAAUUGCAAGAGGAUUUGGUGCCGCACGAAGUUACUGAAGACUUCAUCCUGGAAGCGUUCCUGCGCGACUUUGUGUCUGCAGUUAAGAAAGUUGACAUCAAUAGCAGGAAAAUCGGCCUUGCUUUUGCGGAGCUACCAUUCCCAAGCCCUUCAUCAGUAUUUUACCUGAUGACCUGUAUGAAGGAUGCCUGCGUGAAAGUUCUGGUAGUUUUUGCCAAGCUGCCACGAUGCAAAGGUAAUUAUUUUGGUCGGACGCUGAGAAAGGAGGUGGCGGACUAUCUGCUUCUACUGUACAAUGCUGUUAAGGGUGUUGCUUCAAGCGUCAGCCAACAGAGGGGUUUUUGCCUUCAAGCUGCCAUUAAAUUGUGCUGGAUAUGUGACGACGUAAUAGAUAUUUCCAAAGGCAAGAGUAUUUCUUGUUGUUGCUACAAGGAACUGCUGUCUUCUUGAUUUGGCUGCACUUUAUGCACCAGUUUUCAACAGUGCCA